AUGUCAACGAACGUGCCCUCCGAGUCGAUCGACAAGCUCCACGACCAAGUGUCGCAGUCACUGAAUGCCUUCAAGGACCAGCACCAGGAGGCGGACCGCCUGGCGGCCUUGAAGGCCGCGCAGGGCUUGGUGAAUGCCUUGCAGAAGCCACAGGACUCGGUCUACCACCUGGCCUACUCCCCAACCCAUGCCAUGUGUGUGCGCAUUGCCAUCGACCUGGGCAUCUUCACCACCCUGACCGAGCGCAAUGAGCCAGUGCCGCUCGCCGAGCUCGCAGCUGUCAAGAAUGCCAGUCUGAUCCUCACCGAGCGGGUCAUGCGUAUCUUGGCCGGAAUCGGCUAUGUUGAGGAACAUGACACGCGCGUGUACAUGGCGACGACGAUGACCCGCCAGAUGACGGACCGACUGAGUAUCGCCAUGGUCAAGUUCAUCUUCGAUGUGGGCAUGCCCACUCUGGCCAAGCUCCCCGAGUUCCUGCGCCGGCACAACUUCCACAACCCCGCUGGCGCCCUCAACGGCCCUCUGCAAUAUGCUGAGAAAAUCGACGAGUCGGUCUGGACCUGGCUGCCUCGGAACCCCGAGUACCUAGACAACUGCAAUACUUUCAUGGAGGGCGAUCGCGGUGCGCGGCCCAGCUGGCUGGAGUGGUUCCCGGUGAAGGAGCGUCUUCUCGAUGGUGCUCGCCCAGAUGGGGACGUCCUCAUGGUUGAUGUAGCCGGAGGACGAGGCCACGAUCUCCUGGCGUUUGCGGAGAAGUUUCCCCAUGCGCCGGGGCGCCUGGUUCUUGAAGAUCUGCCGCAUGUCGUUGACGAAAGCACCGUGGAUACAACGCGCAUUGAAAAGAAGCCGUUUGACCUGUUUAAGCCCCAGCCUGUUCAGGGCGCUCGGGUCUAUUAUAUGAAAUUCAUUCUGCACGACUGGUCCGACGAAGAGAACCACCGUAUCCUCACCGAGUUAGCCAGUGCUUUUACCCGGGGAUACUCAAAGCUCAUCAUCGAGGAGUUUGUACUGGCGGACCGUGACUGCGCCAUGCUGCAAGCCAUGUGGGAUUGGGAGAUGCUGAUCUUCUGCAACAGCAUGGAGCGUUCGCUGUCCCAGUGGACGAGCUUGCUCGACAAGGCCGGCUUCAAGGUCGUCAAGUUCUGGCCACCUCCUGGUGACGGUCAGGGUAUCAUCGAAGCCGAGCUGAAGGAUUGA